CGGCCAGCGAGUGGGAUUCUCGGUGAGGGGCGGGCUCGCAGGCUAAAGUUCCGGGAAGGUGGCGGCUGGCCCAGAGCCGGCGCGGAAGUGGCCGGCGGCCGCGCGCCCUGGGUCCAGGCCCGCAGGCAUGUCGUCGGGGGACGAGGGGCCCGGCGGGCAGAAAGGCGCCCCGCGCGCGGCCGCCACUCUCUGCGGCCUGUACCACGAGGCCAGGCAGCAGCUGAGGCGCCUGCAGGACCAGCUGGCGGCCCGAGACGCGCUCAUAGAGCGCCUCCGCGCCCGCCUGGCCGCGCUCGAGGGGGACGCGGCGCCGUCGCUCGUGGACGCACUGCUGGAGCAGGUGGCGCGCUUCCGGGAGCAGCUGCGGCAGCGGGAGGGUGGCGCCGUGGAGGCGGCGUUGCGCCAGGAAAUCGAGAGACUUUCUGAGAAGCUAGAAGAGAGGGAGAGGGAGGCCGCCCGGUGGAUGCGCCGGCCGGAGCCGGAGCUGGAGCAGGAGGUCGCCCUGCUGCGGAGGCAGGUGGCAGAGAAGGAGCGGGCCCGGGCCACCAGUGACGUCCUGUGCCGCUCCUUGGCCGACGAGACCCACCAGCUGCGCAGGACUCUGGCCGCCACCGCCCACAUGUGCCAGCACCUGGCCAAGUGUCUCGAUGCACAGCAGGGGGCCGUGGCGGGGCAGAGCCCGGAGCCAGGACGUGCAGGCAAAGACACCUCUGUUCAGGCCACGAUUGAGAGGUUACAGGAAGAAAACCGACUGUUAAAGCAGAAGGUGGCUCACGUAGAAGACCUCAACGCCCAGUGGCAGCGCUACGAUGCCAGCAGGGAGGAGUAUGUGCGGGGGCUGUGGACCCAGCUGCGGGAGCCACAGGCGCCUGAGCCGGAGACGGGGCUGAUGAGGAAGGAGAUCUCCCGGCUCAACAGGCAGCUGGAGGCGAGGAUUGGCGAGUGCGCGGCGGCGGUGCGGGAGCUGGCGGCGGCACAGGAGCGGGUGCAGAUGCUGGAGCAGCAGAUUCUCGUGUACAAGGACGACUUCCUGUCGGAGAGGGCGGACCGGGAGCGGGCUCAGGGCAGGAUUCAGGAGCUCGAGGACCAGGUAGCCGCCCUGCAGCGCCAGGCAUCCCACGGGCAGGACGCCCAAAAGCCAGGCUCCUGCCGGAUUCACACAGGGAGCAACCCUCCCAAGUACUCAGAGACCGAUGCCACGGAGUUGCUGCUGCCUGCUGGCCAGCGGCCUGGGACUGGGUCCCAGUGUCUGGCCGCCCCCAGAGAGGACAGGCGCCCUGGAGUGGCCCGGAGCGGCCAGGGGGAGCUUCAGUGCCCCCACUGCCUGCAGGGCUUCAGUGACGAGCAGGGCGAGGAGCUCCUCAGACACGUGGCCGAGUGCUGCCUGUGAGCCCAGGCGGGGACAGGCUGGUGCCCUCAGCGCACGGGAUCAGGGCCGAGGGUGCUUCUGACCUUUCGCCUCCGUCCUGCUCCAGCCACGCACAGAGUAGGUCAGCGGGAGCACCUGGGGUGCUGCGGCCUGCUGGGAAGAGGUGGCCCGUGGGAGCCACACGUUGGCUCUCGGGGUGAGAGGGCCCUGCAGGGUGCAGAGCCAAGCGUGUGGCUCACAGCGCUGGCCUGGCCAGAGGAACCGCCGGCCUCGCUGGGUGCGGUGCGGUGCGGUGCACUGGCGCCGGUCACGCACCCCGGAGCUCAGGCACUUUCACUGCUCGUCCCCUUGUUUUUAUGACGCGAGUAUUUGCUGCUGUGACUGCUCGGGGAAGGCGUGGUGACUGGGGACAGGGGCUCAGCCGCGCCCCUGCUCAGGCAGGCGCCAGACCAGCUGGGAUGAGCAGCGGGCCCACUGCCCCUCUUGCCUGGAACACCCUCUCACCACCUCUGUCUGGGCAGGUCCUCGGUGCAGUUGGGGGUCAUCUCCUCUGGGGAGCCCCCACCCCCUCCCCGGAACCCCGCCCGGCAGGCCCGUCGUGGGGUGGGAAGCGGCAAGAAGCCUCAGCAACCUGACGAAGCGGAGCGGUCUGUGGACACCUGAGUGCUGGGACGAGGGGACCUUCAGACCCUUGGCUGACCCUCGCAUUGUGCAUACUUAGGGGGGACUGCAGGACCCCAAGUCAAGCAGGCUGGGAAGCGGCAGGAGCUGAGCAGAUGUUAGUGGCGCCCCUUGCACGGUGACAGUUUAGAAUUCCAGUCUCAGGGUUAGGAGGCCUGUGUGAGCACCUCAGGUUUCCCUCAAACCCAGAAGGGCCACCCUAGGAGCCAAGGUGAUAUCCUGGGGCAGCACCCAACAGCCCUUUGCCGAAAGAGUGCGCAGGCUCCAGGAACCAUGACAGGAGCCGGUGCCCAACAUGCCAGCAGUGCCCAGGACCUGGCCGGGCGGUGCCACAGGUCUGUGCACAGAGAAAAUACAACACGGGAAACCGGAGGCAGAAGGAAGACGCUUUCAGACUCACACAAGGGGACUGGACGACAGGGAGUGGCCACAGAAACGCUGCGGGCAGAACAGAGCCGUGGCAGGGCCCGGAGACGGACCGUGCACAGCAGUGUCCCGGCGGCUGUGAGACAGGCCGGCCCGACCGCCGGAGCUUCCCAGGUGGUAGCGGGCAGUGUUUGAUAAACUCAGACAAUUGUGAGGGUUUUGGCUGAUGUAAGGUGGACCAUAGGGAAUGAAGAAAGCAUAUUAUGAUCUUGAGGGUAACCAUUAAAAUAGUACUGACAGUCUUUAAUUGAAAAGUUAGAACAAUGUUCUGAUUAAUUUAAAGGAAGACGAGUUAGGAGAACUAAAGGAAAAAAGAAGAGGAGACAAACAGAAAACAGAUGGCAAAGUGGGAGCCUUAAACCCAACUAUGUCAACAGUCACCAUGAAAAUAAAUGGACCGGAGGUAGAGGUGUAGGCAGACACAUUGUACUUUCUCACACAAUCGGAAGGACAACAAAUUUAAAAAACAAAAACAACCACACUACCAGAAAAUCGAACUGUAUGGAGGUCUGGCAACCAAGGAGUUAAAGAAACAUUUAUCCAGACGGUAGGAGGGCAAAGCGCACGUGCAGCAAGGUGGCGGCUUGCGGGUUGGACGGCCCCAGGUUGGCAUGUGGAUAACAGGGAGGAACAACUGGGGAGCGAGACAGACCGUGCAACCUAAAGUUUUGGCUUGGGGAUAGAAAGUCUCGAACCUCUAACUGAAGACACCUGGGCCAACAGGAGGGUUGUGGUGGUAGGAGAGACUCCCAGCCUCACAGGAGAGCCCGUUGGGAGAGACCUGCAGGGUCCUAGAAUGCACACAAACCCACCCACCGGGAAUGGGCACGAGGAGGGCCACGUCUGCUUGUGGGAAGCGGAGGAAGUGACUGGAAGCCUACAGAGAGUUGAGCAAGCAGCACUGUUCCCCCUCGGACCCCUCCCCCACAGACAGCGCCACUAUCCAGUAUCCUGGUUGCCGCGCCCUGCCAAAUACCUAAAGCUCCGCCCCUUACUACUUAACAGGCUGGAGGAGACCAAAAAAAUGACCCAAAUGAAAGAUCAAAGCUCCACAAAAACUCAACUAAGUGACGAAGAGAGCCAACCUAUCAGAUGCACAGUUCGAAACAUUGGUGAUCAGGAUGCUCGCAGAGAUGGGUGAGUGUGGUCAUGAGAUGGAGCAAAGAGUGAAGGCUGUGCAAAGUGAAAUAAAGGAAAAUGUACAGGGAAUCGGCAGUGCCAGGAAGGAAACUGGGACUCAAUGAUUUGGAUGAGAAGGAAAAAAUAAACAUUCAAGCAGAACAGAAUGAAGAAAUAAGAAUUCAAAAAUAUGAGGAGAGGCUUAGGAACCUCCAGGACAGCUUUAAACAUUCAAACAUCUGAAUCGUGGGGGUGCCAGAAGGAGAAGAGGGAGAGAAAGAAAUGGAAAACUUAUUUGCAAAAAAUAAUGAAGAACUUCCCCAAUCUGGCAAAGGAAAUAGACUUCCAGGAAGCCCAGAGAGUCCCAAGGAAGUUGGACCCAAGGAGGAACACACCAAGGCACAUCAUAAUUACAUUAGCCAAGAUUAAAGAGAAGGAGAGAAUCUUAAAAGCAGCAAGAGAAGAGAAGACAGUUACAAAGGAGUCCCCAUAAGACGAUCAGGUGAUUUCUCAAAAGAAACCUUACAGGCAAGAAGGGGCUGGAAAGAAGUAUUCCAAGUAAUGAAAAUCAAGGACCUACACCCAAGAUUGCUCUAUCCAGCAAAUCUAUCAUUUAGAAUAGUGAAGGGUUAACAGGACUUUGAGAAUUCUCCCCGUUUAUGCCUGAGCUGUGACCUUGACUGGAAAAGUAGGUGCAGCGCUGUCUCCCAGGGAGAUUAGUAGCUUUUGAUCUUCUUCGGCUGUUCCCUUGGGAGAACCGGCCCUUCUCCCAGAGGGACUGCUUGGUUAAGUCAGAAUCACACAAGGCCCUUGGCGCGCAGCCAUGUUUGUCUGAAACAUACUUAAGCAGAGCCCUGAAGCGUGACUGUGGAAUCCCACCUGAAGGAAGGACGCUUCACUGGAACUCCCCAGUGAACCCCGAGUCCCGCUGUCUCGGGACCCCCAGCGUCUGCGUUAGGUGUGGGUGGUCUCCCGUCUGGUGCCGGAUGCUCUUGAUUCUUGAUUUUCUCUUGGCUCUUGCUUAAUAAAGUACUUAACUAUUCAUCUUUGA